CCUUCAUCCCACUGGCGUCAUCGGUACGCAAAUCUUUAUACAUUACGUGCUCCCCUGAAGAUUCAUCAUUUGUACCAUAGCAAACGCUUCAGUAUGUUUUUGAUUCAGUUCCUAAGCGCACAGCUCAUUCAUUUUCUAUGUACUUAGAACGUUACAACUUUUUCGGUCUACCUUCUGCCCGUCUCGAUGCCGGAAAUCGUUGUACGACUAGGUCACUGGCUUUAAUCCACUGACCCCCAGUCUUUCUCUUUUUCAGCGAGCAUGCCAAACGCACCCGAACGGUUUUUCAAAUAUGGGUGUACAUGAAAAAUCUCAAUUGGAAUCACAAUCUACCCCCACCGUCAUGAUGGGCAUAGGUGUAAGUGUCCUUGCAGUGCCAUUUAACGUGAAUAUUAGCCAGUCGCAGUCGAUAUGGUUUAUUGCUACCUAUCCUCUGAUCCCCAUAACUGGCUCCAGUUUAUUAAACGGAACAUAUGGAUGUGAAUUAGCGGACAAUUCGUCAACCUAGCAGUACGGCUCUGUUAUGCUAAGUAUUCAAGUAGGACGCGCAUGUUUUUCAGGACGAAAGCCCUUGCUGCUAUGAGCAGGUCUUCCGUUGACAGCAGGUGCCUCCCCUAGGUAGACCUUAGGCGAAUGAAGAUAGACGUUCCUUCUAGUGCAUGGUCGUUACGGGGUUCAUAUUGUAGUUUAUAUUUUCAUGUAACUGGCUAAGCGCGCUUUCCUUGUGUAGCAGGACAAUGUGCAAUGAUAGG